AUGUGCAAGGCCAAGAGAGAAGAGGGGGCUGUGGAAUGCUUCAGCAAGCACCCCCUGCAGAACAGGUAAGAACAUCGGGCCAAUGGCUCAUCUGGUCCAGCAUCUUGCUCUUACGGUGGUCAACCAGAUGCCUGUAGGAAGCUUGCAAGCUGGGCACGGGCACCACAGCUCUCGACCUACCUGCGAUUCCCAGCAAUUGGUAAUCAGAGGCAUGAUGCUAGCAGAACGCCAAAAUGCCUGGAUCUCCCAGUGUGCCUGGAUCUCCCCUCCAGUGCAAUAAUGUUAAUGCUCACUUUCCCCCUGCUUGUUGAUGGCUGCUAACCAAAAAGAUCCUGGCAAGGUGCAUCCAAAUGUGGCCAAGGGAGCUGUGCUAUGAUACAGCAGAUACUCAUUGCCAAGAAAUCCUUGCUAUUUUUGGUUUCAAGGAACACUUCCGAUGCUACUGUGUGCUUCCAUAAAUCACUGUUAAACAUGAAAAAUCAUUUACUUUCACCCUGUUCUUGCUUCCUCCUUUUCAAAGGUGGGAGGAGUGGGGAAUGCGCUUAAAGAGUCCUCCUGGAUCAGAUGAAAGGCCCGUCUAGCUCAGAAUCUUGUUUCCCACACUAGUUAACUAAGAUGCUUAUAGAGAAGCCCAUAAGUUGAGCAUGGAGGCAACAGCAUCCUCCUCCUGUUGUUGCCUAGCAGAUGCUUUUCAGGGGGCACAUACUGCUUCUGAUACUGGAGGUAAUGCGUAGCCAUCAUGAGUAGUCACCAUCAAUCACCUCAUCGUCCAUGGAUCUGCCUAAUCCCCUUUUAAAGCUGUCCAAGUUGGUAGCCAUCACCUCUUAUGGCAGCAAAUCCUAUGUAUUGUGUAAAGAAGUUAUUCCAUUCUUCUGUCCUGAAUUUCCUACCAUUCAUCUCUUGAAACCACUCCUAUUUUAUAUUCCCUCGCUCCUUCACUGGGAGAAGGAGAGAGAACAUGCAUCUGUGUCUCUGGAGAAGUUCAAGAAAAUAUUUGUUUUACUAAUUUAUACAAAUAUUUAUAUACUGCUGUUCAUACAAAAAACAAAACAAAACAGAGUGGUUUACAAAACCACAUUGUUUAUCAGCACAACCCACAUCCCACCUUAGGGUUGCCUUAUUACAGUGAGUCUAAUCAAAUGUGAAAUGAGAAGAGUGUGACACAGCACCUUCCAGUCCAAACAGGCAACAUUCACACAUGUGGCAAGAUGUGCUGGGUGUUUUGUGUGUACAUAGAGCCUCGCGGAGGGGAGUGUUGAUGUUCAUAGCUAGUGGCUUAAUUUUGCCUUCCAUUCAUCUCCGUAGGUGGGCCCUUUGGUUCUUCAAAAAUGACAAGAGUAAGACCUGGCAGGAUAACUUGCGGCUUAUCACCAAAUUUGACACCGUGGAAGACUUCUGGGCGUGAGUGCAUUCCAGUCCUUCCUCUGACAGCUAGAGUCACUGGAACAGCCUUGCCAGAAGGAAGGCCAUUGUGGGAUUGAACCAACAGUGGGGAAUAUGGUGGCCCUCUGGAUGUUGCUGGACUCCUCACUCGCAUCAGACCCAGCUGGCAUGGUCAGGGAUGAUGGGAGCUGGGCUCUCCAGUCCAUUCACUUUUGAAAACCAUGUACUUGUAUCUGCAGGCUAAACAAGUCCUAAGCAGCACUUGAAAGUUAAAAGUGGUUGAGAUGUGUGCUACAGGGAGCUCCGAAUGAACCAUAGUUUCCUGUGGUAUUUGCCUGGAUUUAGUGGAAACUUCUCUCAAGGCAGUUUCCAGGGUGGGCCACCUGUUUUGGGACUAUUCACACAAGAUACCUUGCAUCAACAUCAGGAGCCGUAGGUUCCUUACACAAGUCCACCCAUUCUGUUCUCCUGACAUAUCUGUCUUCUCUCCUUGAGACUGCAGGCUGUAUAGCAACAUCCAACUGGCCAGCAAGUUGACAUCAGGCUGCGACUAUUCCCUUUUCAAGGUAAGUCCUGCUGGUUAUUCCUGGUCUGUUCCUGGUCUGUUAACGCUGCGUGCCUCCUAUAGGGAGGCAAAACAGGCUCUCAAGUGGUAGUCUUGGGGUCUCUUGUUGUAUGGGAUUUCCCACACACCAUAGGGCUACACAUGGCUUGCUGUGGAUCUAAGUGCAUUGUGGUGGACUAAGAAAGCCUUGCAACUUCAUGUAGGGGUGUGUGUGGGGGUGUGUGUGUGUGUAAGAGCUGUAUAUACUGAGAUCCUGCAUUUCCUCCAGGAUGGCAUUGAACCGAUGUGGGAAGAUAACAGGAAUAAGCGUGGUGGGCGUUGGCUUAUCACAUUGUCCAAGCAGCAGCGGCAUGCAGAGCUUGACCGUUUCUGGCUGGAGACUGUAAGUAGGCAGAACGCUGUGUGGGUGCUUCUCCUUUAUGAAAUGUGGCAUUUGCCCUGCUUUCUGGCCAUGUUUCUGGGCUGCGCAUCAGUGGCAGAGCUUCAUUCUCCAGCAUCGGAGGCGGAGAGCAGGCGGGAGCGGGGCUGGCGCUUGUCCUGGGGGUGUGGUGUGCCACCUGCAGGGGCGUGGUGCACGUUCUGGGAGCAGGGCACGCCGCCUGUGGGCACCCUGGGGAUCAUGCUGCUGGGGGUGGUGCACUCCCCCCACACUCCUCUUCCUCCGCCAGUGCUGGGCAUACAGCACUUCCCAUUCUCUCUUGGGCAGGUGGAAGCUGCUCCUCAAAAUGACUCUCCUUUGUUAGUUCCCCUUCUCAGCCAAGGUCUUUGCCCGCCUGCUGCUCUCCAGGUGUUUUGGACUACCAACUCCCAUCACCUGUUCUGCUGGCUGGGGCUGAUGGGAUUGGUAGCAGUGUUGGAAACUGAGAUAUGAAAUCUGGGAGCUAAAUGGCACCUUAAACCUAGUUUAUGGGUGCAACAGCUGAAUAUCUAGGCAAGUUUUUUGUUUAAUAAGAAUACAAAGCUGAAAAUGAAUGAACUGCAGCUAAAAUAUUAUGUCAUUUUUCACAUGGUCUAUCCCUUCCCCUGCCCACCCCUCUAAUAUUCUUAAGAUGGUCUCUUCUCCAGUCUGCAGAGAGUAGCUGGAAGUGGGGAGGCAGAAAAAGGUCUUCCUUUUCUUCCAUUCUUCAGUUUUAAUCUGAAAUCUUAGGCACAGUACUAUGGCCAGAGCUCAGAAACUGCUCACGCUAAUGAAAUUCCCUGUCGCAAAAUGCGCCUAGAACAAUGGGAGUUUUGAACACUGGUGGUCCAAAGCAUAUGGAGAAUGUCAGGUUGGUGAGGCUGGCUUACUGUGUUCAGGCAACUUGCACCACAUGGCGGCAUGAGAUGAAGGGGAAGAGGAAAGGAUGCAUGGCAUUUAUCUGCUCAGAUGGACUUUCCUAUCUACACACACACACACUCAUCCCCAAUCCCUCUGAUGCCUGCUGGAUUUCUGAGCUGAGCCAGCUAUUCUGAUCUUUCCCGAAUAGUGAAGCUCUUUUCUUUGGGCAGGAAAACAGCUUAAAGACCCUUAUGAGGCAAGAAAUAUUCCCCACUGUAUUUAACCAUGGUACAUCAAGCAGUAGCUUGCAUCUGGUUCCCUGUUCGCUUCAUGGGUUUUCCUCUUCUGUGUAGCUGCUGUGCCUGAUUGGAGAGAUGUUUGAUGACUACAGCGAAGAUGUCUGUGGGGCCGUCAUCAACAUCCGUGCUAAGGGGGACAAGAUCGCAAUCUGGACCCAGGAGGCAGAGAACCGGGAUGGCGUAACACAUAUCGGGUAGCUGACAGACAGUUCCCUUUGUUGAGAUGUGUGUGUGAAAUGCUGAGCAACACACAGGAGGGCUAAUGCCAACCACCUUAUGUAAGGCAGAGCGUGUUUGUAUAAUUAAACACCAACAGGAUUACUAAGGUGCGUGUGUGUGUGUGUGUGUGUGUGUGUGUGUUUGAAGAGUUUGAAGCCUUUAUGCAUGAGGAAUGCCAGCUAUACAAUGCAAGGAGUUUGUAGGUGUCUAUAGCAGCCUAGGGAAAGGACUCUUUGGUGGAAAUGGAUGAUAUGUGCAUACACACUACAGAAGAGAGGUGAGCUAAGAUAGCCAGCUGUCUUGAGUACAACUUAAUUAUAAUUUUUUUCUCUUUCAGGCGUGUUUACAAGGAACGCCUGGGCCUGUCUUCCAAAGUGGUGAUUGGUUAUCAGGCUCAUGCCGACACUGCCACCAAGAGUGGCUCCCUCAUGAAGAACAAGUUUGUGGUGUGA